GAGAACGAUUGAUACGAAACUGAUAAAACUUAUCACAUUUUUUUUUUAUUAAUAUAUCGAUGAGUCUUUCCCGGUCGACUAUCAGAUAGCCAGAGAUAUCGUCAUAUAGUGUCAUGGAUAAACUGCCUGCCGAACGAAGAUGAAGCUCGUGUGCUCGCUUCUCUUUCUCGCUGGAAUAACGCAUUUAGCUUCGGGAAUCGGGGAAAGAGAUCCUGCUUUUCCCUACUGCUUUCACUUCACGUGGAUCGGAUACUUGGGUCCUGACAACCCUGAGGCUGCCAACUGUACAACCUUCCAAUCUCGGCCGUGCAACACACCAUUUGUUAUCACAACUGAUGGAACUCCGCCUAAUACUACGUACAUGUGGUACAAUGAAAAUCAAACCGCUAUAUCGUGUCCCCUUGAAAAUGGAUUCACAUGCAUCAAAUAUACUUACGCCUUCAACGAUGCGGUACAAACUAUUUCAUAUUUCUGUGGGAAAAUGAUUGAGGACAAUACGACUGCGGUGACAUCCGGAUGUUUCAGUCAAGUGGCAAACGCGUAUACAACAGAAGUUUGUGCAUGUACCAACACAAGAGGAAUACCUUGCAACUCGUCCAUCAAGACUCGUCACUCGAUGAAGAUGUUAAUAAUUCUAACUUUAAUAUCAAUGUUUUCAUGUAAUAUUUGAAUAAAUAGAGAGAGAGAGAGGGUAUAU